CAGGUUGUGAGUUUCUCGGCUCGAGAAUGAAUCAAUGCCAUGUUGAUCACAAUACAUAGUAGUUUUAUAAUGCGCCGUGGUCCGCGAAUACGGCAGCCCGUUUGACCACUAUCAACAAAGCUGCUUCCUUCAAACUUCCAGUUUCUUCAUCUGAACUAACCAUUCAUCUCUCCAAGGAAGAGAAAACACUACACCGAUGAGGGGAUCUCGAUUACCACCCAUGUUGAGACGGAGUGUGAACUUACCACGGCCGUUUGUCAAAACACCCUUCCACGCAAUUUGUAAAGCCAAGAGCUCCGCAUCGGUGACACCUCGACGAACACUUCCAUGGACUCAACAUCCUCUUAAAACCAAUUCGCCUAGUGAAAAUGAUGUGACGAAGCUUUCCAAAACUCAAAGCCAACCUCGACUUGCAUAUAUUGCUUUGGGUAGUAACCUUGGUGAUCGAGUGGGAUGGAUCGAAACGGCUUGCAACAAAAUGUCCCAGAGGGGCAUCAGAGUCAAGAGAACGAGCGGUCUAUGGGAAACCGAACCUAUGUAUGUUCUUGAUCAGGAGAAUUUUCUGAACGGGGCUUGUGAGGUGAGUCUAUUUUCGCAAUGACUUGGUAUCAAUUCAUAACACGUGAUUAUGCGUACUGUUCUUUGCAAGUGGGCAUGUCUACCAACUUUGAAGGGUACUCAUCAAGAUUGUGGUUUUUACGCAACCGCAUUCUUGAAUGUCAAGUUCAAGGUUAGAUGAAGCAGGUAGAAACAACCUUGGAACCGAUUGCUUUAUUAAAUGAGCUCCAAGCCAUCGAAAAUGAGAUGGGCCGAAUGAAGAUUAUUGAUAAAGGCCCAAGAAAUAUUGACCUUGACAUUCUACUUUACGAGAAUGAGGUCGUAGAUCACCCAAGAUUACAGAUACCUCAUCCUGGUAUGGCUGAGCGGGAGUUUGUUCUGAGACCACUGGCAGAGCUUAUUCCUGGACAACCCUUGAAUCCGAAAUCUCCAUGGAAGUUUACCCAGGAUUAUUUAAAUGAAUUGCCGCCAUCCCCAACUCCUUUAUCUACCAUUACUCCAUUGCAUGCAUCCACUGGUUCAUUGCAUGCUCUUAAAAAGAACCGGCAAACCCAUGUAAUGGCAAUUCUGAAUAUGACACCCGACUCUUUCUCCGAUGGGGGCAAAAAUCUCAACGAGAGAAAUUUUCUACGAACCAAAUCCUCACAAUUGAUUGAAGUCGGAGCAACUAUCAUUGAUAUUGGUGGUCAAUCAACCGCACCGGGUGCUCCCGAGGUAUCUUCUGAGGAGGAAAUCAAUCGCGUUUUACCAGCUAUCCAAGAGAUUAGAAAUACUAAAUCACCCAAGACCGUAACAAUUAGUAUCGAUACCUACAGGGCAUCUGUAGCUAGGGCUGCUGUUGAAGCAGGUGCGGAUAUCAUUAAUGAUGUCUCUUCAGGUCAACUUGAUCCUGAAAUGCUACCAACCAUGGCCCAACUCGGAAAAACUGUAUGUCUUAUGCACAUGAGAGGAACGCCGGCAACUAUGAAUACUCUCACAGACUAUGAGCCCGAAGGCCUCAUUCCGACUAUUGCAAAAGAGUUACUAGAACGAGUAGCAGAAGCAGAGGCUGCUGGUAUUCGGCGAUGGCGUAUAAUUCUAGAUCCUGGAAUUGGAUUUGCGAAAACACAAAAUCAGAAUCUUGAAAUACUCCGUCGGAUGGACGAAUUGCGUGAUUGGCCCGGCCUACAAGGCUUGCCAUGGCUAUUAGGGGCCAGUCGAAAAAAGUUUAUUGGUAAAAUCACGGGAGUUGAUAGCCCGAGCGAAAGAGACUGGGGUACUGCGGCGACAGUGACUGCAGCGAUUCAAGGCGGAGCUGACAUCGUGAGAGUACAUUCUGUAGAGAAGUUAGCUAGGGUUGCUAAGAUGUCGGAUGCCAUAUACAGAGUUUGAUUAUAUGUAUAUGUGUCCCCAAAGCUUAAUAUAUUCUCCAAAACAAGAAAGUCAUGGAGUCUAACUUCGGUGCAAUCUGUCGGUUACAUAGGCGAAGAUGCUGCUCGCUCGCCACGAAUUUAUAAUCCUUUUGUUCCAUCUCUUCAAAAUGAGUCUGCCAAACGCCCUUCUCAUAGCCUCCAGAAAAAGAAUCUAUGAUAUUGCUUGUGGCAGUCGAGUUACAUUUGAAAGAUAUAUUCGGAGAGGGAGACGAGGAAAACUACAUACUUGCUUUCAAACUACCACCCACAUCCGAACACGGUUUCCAAGAUUACCACAUCAAUGUCGUACUUCACAUACAGUGGUGGAAUCUUUUUGUUCAUGGACGCAGUGAUUGAUUUUGUUGCGGGUUCCAAGUGUGUUCUCGCCAAAGCCCGAGUUUUUCUACGAUUGACUCCAAACAUUUGUGAUGCAACCAUAUUUUAUGUUCUUGAAAAAUUUGCCGGCAACUUCUCA